UUUUUUUUUUUUUUUAUGAGCACCACUUUCCCAAGUCCCAACAAACGUUGUUUUAGGCUGAAUUGAAAGACCAAGACCUACCGUUGGCAAAACAGUAACAUAACAGCAGGCCCAUAACCUCAACAGCUAAACAACAAUGGGCACUGGUACCACCGGCUCCGUCGCCGCCGCAAAAAAGCGCCAAAAGCAGCGGCCGCAGUUGCGGCCUAAGAAAUCUAUUGCCAAAACCAAAACUAAGGACAAGAAGAAAAAGUCGAGUAAAGAUAACACUAAAAGAAAUCUAAAGAAGAAGGGUUCUGAAUCUGAAACCGCCGUGGUAAAGGUUGAAAGAAUUCUCGUUGAACGGCCAAGCAUCUCUCAGCAGUUGAGUUUUCUAAUCGACCAGUAUCAAUCCGCCAACGGCGUUCAGCUUUCCUCCCUUGAACUCGAUUCCCUCAAAGAAACAUGCAUUGUUGAGCAAGGCCAGGACACAGCUCAAAAUAAUACUGGCAACUUGGUUGAGGAUUUGAAAGUUGCUUUUGGAUCAUCAUGGAAAAAAGUGCUCUGUGAAAAACAUCUUCAAGAAGGGCAAGUUGAUCCCGGGAGUCCUGCACUUCUUGUUAUAAGUUUGUCUGCACUGAGAUCACUGGAACUUCUCAGGGAAUUACGAUCUUUGACAGGAGACUGCCAUGCUGCAAAGCUGUUCUCUAAGCAUAUGAAGAUUGAGGAACAGGUAUCUACACUAAAGAAUCGUGUCAAUAUUGCAAGUGGAACACCAAGCAGGAUUAAGAAAUUAAUUGAUAUGGAAGCACUGGGGCUGUCUCGUUUAUCCGUAAUUGUGCUUGACAUGAACACAGAUGUCAAGGGCUAUUCCUUAUUCACUCUUCCGCAAGUCAGAGACGAGUUUUGGGACCUGUACAGAAGCUACUUCCAUCAACCACUGGUAGAAGGGAGGCUCCGGUUAUGUUUGUAUGGUCCAAUACUCCUGAAUUCGGGGGCAAAGAAGAGAAAGCAGCCUAAGGGUGCCUAAUCAUCGACAUGUCCCAGCAUGGCAAGUCAACAAGCUUGGUGCUUGUGAUUAUGACCCUUCAAGUUCAUCGCGAAUUAAGUUGCGAAAGCCGAAAGGCCACUUUUAUAAGAUUGGAGUGGUGAACAAAUGUGAUGCGCUGGAUGCAGAAGUGGUUGGGACCAAAGCAUGCUGUAUAAUUUGAGGUACUUGAAAAAGAUUAAAAUUUUGUUGCACAUGUGAAACCGCAAUAGUGCUGAUUUUUGUUUGUGCUAUUAUUAUUAUCUUGUACUGGUAAGUAAUUACUAAUUAGGGUUUUCAGAAUUUCUUUCACCUACAAUAGUUCAUAUAUUCGCAUUUCUUGGAAAAUUUAUGAUCAAGAUUUCGUUAUAUGCGAUCUACUAAUUCUGCUUA